UCGUCUUAGUCUCUUAGAGAUAAGAUGUGCCCUCCGGUGAUUGGAUCACUGGUUGCUAUCUUGACUGACCCCAGCUCAAUAAGGUGCAACUUUUUAGUAUUAAAAGAGAACAAAGUGUAGUGAUUUCAUAAUCCUGGUCACCUACCCUCAGGAGUCAAGAAGACAGAAAAUAUCUUACACACUACACUAGUCAUCUACUCAUCUUCGAGUAACACAGAUUGAGCGAGCGAGUUUUCAGUUUCAGUUCGAGACAUGGCUGCCGGCCCGGGUGGCGCAACGGUGGAGCAGUUCAUCGUCGGAGCUCAGAAGUCAACCAACCAGCUCAAGGUCGUGCUGGCCAAGCUACUGCCGGCUGCUGGACUAGGCGCUCGCGCCGGAGCAGGAUCCGCCGUGGACGCCCUCCUGUCAGACAUCACCGAUUCGCUGUCUCAAGAGCUCGCGUGUCUGCGGCUCGGCGCGUUGGACACUCAGCGAUCGCCAUGGCAGAGUUCUACUGGUGCCGGCGGCAGCGCCGGCGGCGGCAGGAGAUCAGCGCCAACGGGUGGUCAACGGGUCAGGACGGAUGGAGCGUGCCGAAUGAUUGUACUACAAAAUGGAGUUCAAGAUUCCUACACAUGGAGGAAGUACGGGCAGAAAGACAUUCUUGGCGCUAGAUUUCCAAGGAGUUACUUCAGAUGUCGUCGCAAAUCCGGCUGCCCGGCGCGGAAGCACGUACAGCGAUCCCACGCCGACCCAUCCAAGCUCAAGAUCACCUACAUCGCCGCGCACACCUGCGACGACCCACCACGGUCGUCGUCGGCACCACACAUUGCGCCGGACCCGGUGACCAGCUCCGCCACGCCGCAGGAGAACGCGGCAGCUCGGCUUGUACCGGUCGCCGCAGCUCCGUCGUCAGCUCAGCGCCGCACCGGCCAACCGUCACCGUUGCUGCACCCUGUGCCGGAUCUGACGGCCGGCUCCGUUCCGGCGGCUCUGUCUAGCAUGCAGCAUGAUCCCGUUCCUGAUGACACGACCUUCACACCAUCGAUGGGGGAAAAGCAAGCUGAGCUACUGUUCAUACUUUCGCCAGCAUGCUCGCAGUCGGAGCUGCUGCCCGCGGAGGUCUCCAUUGUUAGCAAAUAAGUGUGGCAUGUUCUAGUUAGCAUAGAGUCUUACUAUUUUUUUUACUCUUCCGUUUCUUUUGGGCGCAUCCUGUACUG